UUGUGGAAUAAAAAAUAUAGAUUAUUAAUAAAUAAUUAAUAAAAAUAAAUUUCAACGAGAAAUUUAAAAAAAAGUGUUCCAAUAAAAUUAAAUCGUAAAUUAAUACGAGGUUAUAAUUGUUAUCGAUUUUCAUUAAAAUCAGUGAUGAAAAAGUAAUAAAUUACACGAAAACAUGAAUUACAUGUGAAAUAACAGAACUUGCAAAAAAAAUAACUGUUCGAGUGCAAAAUUACCAUCAAAUAAAUAAGAAAUCAGAAUGUAAUGCUUUUCAUGUGGAAAUUCAGCAAUCAAUCGUAUUUGAAAAAGCACUCCCCUAAGGCAAUCCAUCGCAGUCAAUAACGAAAUAAAAAAAGAUGAAACCAGAAUAAUGACUGCCGAAUUGAAUUCACUGGGGGCAAGCGGAACAAAUUUCACGUCAUCUGUGGCGCUGUCAAUAUUCGCACAACCAUCAACAUCGACAUUACCGUUCGAGCAAAAUGCGAGCGACGCAUUCGGUCUCGGUGUCAACGAUACACUGGAUGACACAACAAAAUUUCUGUCGCACCAUUGUUACUGGCCAAGUGACAGCUGGAACUGCACCGAGGAUCAAUUUUUGGAAUUUUAUCGGGGUCCACGGGCAUUGCCACUGUCGACUGCUCUAUCGGUAACAAUACUCUUCGUUGGAAUUUUUGUCACCGGCAUAAUUGGAAACUUAAUUGUCUGCGUUGUGAUUGUGCGACAUGCCACCAUGCAUACCGCGACAAAUUACUAUUUAUUUAGUUUAGCAGUAUCGGAUCUCAUAUUUUUAAUGUUUGGUCUUCCAUACGAAAUAAGCCUGUACUGGCAUCAAUAUCCAUACAAUUUAGGAUUACCUUUUUGCAAAAUACGGGCUUGGAUAUCAGAAGCAUCUACGUACGUUUCGGUGUUGACUAUUGUGGCUUUCUCCAUGGAAAGAUUUCUGGCAAUUUGUCAUCCAUUGCACUCGUAUCGCAUGAGCGGAUUGCGACGCGCAAUGCGAAUCAUUGCCAUACUGUGGACCAUGAGCUUCAUCAGUGCAGUGCCUUUUGGAAUUUAUUCAGACAUUGACUACUUGACGUACCCACCAGACAACACCACAAUAUACGAGUCGGCGUUUUGUGGCUUGUUCCAGAAUCCUGGUUACUUAUGGGAGGUGUCAACAUGCAUCUUUUUCGCCAUUCCAAUGAUUGUUAUGGUCGUGCUGUACCUCAUGAUGGGUCUCCGUAUUCGUUCGCGUUCAAAGAAAGCUACUUCACUUGGAAAAGUUCAACCGACGAAAGGCGACACAAAAUCAACACAAUCUAGAAAGGCAAUCAUCAGAAUGCUCGCCGCUGUCGUUAUUACAUUUUUCGUGUGUUGGGCACCAUUCCAUGCCCAACGUCUCAUGUAUUUGUAUGCACGCGAAUGGGAGUAUUACAAUGCCGUAAAUACAUGGCUGUUCUCCGUCGCUGGAUGGCUGUACUAUGUGUCAUGCACAAUAAAUCCAAUUCUGUACAAUGUAAUGUCACAUCGAUACCGAGUCGCAUUCAAGCAAACACUUUGCGGCAGCAAAAAGCCAAGUUACUAUAGUGCCAACGGCUGCAUUCGGGAACAGAGUAGCUUUCGGGAGACGGUGCAUUCAACGAGCGAUCCGCCCCGAUCGCGGCACGGCACCAACAGAUUCACCACGAGAUCCAAAGAUAACGGCUCGAAUCGCCUGAUGCCGUGCAACAGUGUGCGGUUCACGUCGGAUCGUGACACCGAUGACCGGAAUUCCAUCAAGAAAGAACCUCUACUCGGCAAGGAUGACAUCCAAAUUCAAGACGUUGUCGUAAUGCUCAACAAUACAGCGAAUGGCCGCACAACGACACUCACUGCACAAUCCGUAAAUUUAUCGACGGCAAAUACACCGAUUGCUAAUGCGACCAACAAUACGAAUCACCACUCAGCCAUGAUUGGCAACAACCUUAACCAUAAUAACAAUUUGACUAACAACGAAAUCGAUGGACGACUAGCGCCACCAAUAAAUUGUAAUAAUUACGUCAAUCAUAAGAAUGAAACUUGUAUAUAAUAAAUUACUAAGAAUUCUUCUAAAAUUUCUUUAAAAAAAAUUUUUUUUUCUUCUCGAUAAAAAAAAUAUCUUCAACUAACAACAAAGUAAAAAC